CCCGCUCGCUUCCUCUCUCAGUGCAGUGCACGCGCCUGUGUCUGUGAAGCAGUUUAUAUUAUGUGAGCUACACGAGACGGAGAAGAAGAAGAAGAAGAAGAGGAGGAGGAGGAGGAGGAGGAAAAAGAGACCAUUGAGCAGCUGAAUCCUGAUGGAGGGACAAUAAGGGUAAGGACGAGAGAGACUCUUUGAAAGAAGACAGGAUAACGUAACACGGGCAAGGAGGACUGACAGGACGCGAGGAGAUGGCUGAGGCACCAAAACAACAACAACAGCAGCAGCAGCAGCAAGAAGAAGAAGAGCAGCCGAGAGAGGAGCAGCUGAGCUCUUGUGGGUCCAUGGAUGCCGAUGAAGAGGUUGAAGACCUGAAAGAGGACGUCCGGACGCCUCCGACCCGACCGCUGCUGUCCAUGAGGUCCUUGAGCAUCGUGGACCCCGACGACGACUCUCCCAACAUGAUCGUCUACCGAAAAAUUGAAGACAUUGUGACUCUCCUCCAGGAUGAGGCGCAGGGUGUUCCCAUCAGGACGGUGAAAAGCUUCAUGACCAAAAUCCCCAGCGUUGUCACAGGUACAGACAUUGUUCAGUGGAUGAUGAAGAACCUGGCUAUUGAAGAUCCAGCCGAGGCCAUGCACAUUGGAAGCCUGAUUGCCGCACAGGGCUACUUCUUCCCCAUCUCCGACCACGUCCUCUCCCUCAAGGACGAUGGCACCUUCUAUCGUUUUCAGGCACCAUAUUUCUGGCCGUCUAAUUGUUGGGAGCCUGAGAACACAGACUAUGCCAUCUAUCUGUGCAAGCGGACCAUGCAGAAUAAGACCAGGCUGGAGCUGGCGGAUUACGAGGCGGAAAACCUCGCUAGGCUCCAGAGAGCUUUUGCCAGGAAGUGGGAGUUCAUCUACAUGCAGGCUGAGGCCCAGGUCAAGAUUGACAGGAAAAAAGAUAAAACCGAGAGGAAGAUCCUCGACAGCCAGGAGAGAGCCUUCUGGGAUGUCCACCGGCCCGUGCCUGGAUGUGUGAACACCACAGAGAUGGACAUCAGGAAGUGCAGACGCAUGAAGAAUCCUCAUAGAGUUAAGAAGUCAGUGUACGGUUUGGCAGAGGAGGGCACGCAGUCGCGAAGUCCAAUCCAUACUCCCUCCCACCACUCCAGGAAGGGAACUAAGGAGGACGUGGAGAAAGAGAUCUUGUUCCUAAAUGCCCAGCUAGAUCGACACUGUAUGAAAAUGUCCAAAGUUGCUGAAAGUCUGAUAAGCUACACUGAGCAGUACUUGGAGUACGACCCUUUGGUGAUGCCGCAGGAGCCGUCAAACCCCUGGACCAGUGAUGACCAGUCCUACUGGGACCUGGAAGCCAGCAAGGAGCCUGGUCACCAGAGGGUGAAGAAGUGGGGUUUCUCCCUGGAGGAGGCGCUGAAGGACCCAGCGGGACGCGACCUCUUCCUCAAGUUCCUGGAGUCCGAGUUUAGUUCCGAAAACCUGCGGUUCUGGUUGGCCGUACAGGACCUGAAGAGAAUCCCGCAGCAGGAAGUAGCGCAGAGAGCGCAGGAGAUCUGGGCCGAGUUCCUGGCCGAAGGGGCGCCCAGUUCCAUCAAUCUGGACUCGCACAGCUAUGAGCGCACGAGCCACAACCUCAAAGAUCCGGGACACUACAGCUAUGAGGACGCACAGGAUCACAUCUACAAGCUGAUGAAGAGUGACAGCUACACUCGUUUCCUGCGCUCCAACGUCUAUCAGGACCUGCUGAACUCAAGAAAGAAGCUGGAAACGGAGCAGGGCCGACGGACCUCGCUGGAGAAGUUCACACGCAGUGUGGGCAAGUCACUGACUGGCAAGCGCCUGACGGGCCUCAUGCAGUCGUCCUGACGAGGUCUGGUCUGGACUCGGGCACCCACAGGAGCUGCGGAGAUACCGUGGCGUGAGCGUGUGCGUGCGGGAGGCCAUGAGGGCACCCGAGUUUUGGACCUGGACCGCCAUCGCGCUUCGUAACUCUCUAAAGCUGUGUUAAAGAAGGCCGGCAGCAUGCAAUAAAUCAUCUGAGCUGACUUCGGGACAGCAAAGUGACAGUGCAGAGGACAACAAAAAAAAAAUAAAUAAAAAUGUACAAAACAAAGCGGUACUCGUUCAAAGCACAAAGCUGGGUUCUAUCUCCACUCACGUUUAUAUGGUAGCGAGCUGCCAAGACUAUCUGUUUCCUUGAAUUGAUGUAAAGAAAAUGAACUUUGGCUUGACAACUUAAUGAGAUUAAUGCUGGAGUUACAUCACCCAUCACCAUGGUGACAGAAGAUAUGGAGGCUGUGAUUGACAGGGAAAGUAUUCAUGCCGACAGCCCACUCUGAGUGGAUCUGGUGGAACAUUGCAUAAACAGUGAAAGUAAAGUGGGGAAGAAGACAACUUAAGACAACUCUCUUUACAAAACUGUAAUACUUAAAAUGACACUGACUUGAUACUUUCCAAUGUAUUGAAAUCUUCCAAACAUUCCACUCCAUGCAGCCACAGCUUCAAAUGUAACUCUCCAACCAUUCUUACGUAAAGAAGAGUAUGAUAAUAAAAGAGGAAUGCGCAAGACAAUGA